AUGGCCAGAGGAACAGCCGGAGUGACAAAGAAGAGGAAGCCAGUGAAUGGGAUGACUAAGCAAGUCGUUAUUGCCCAGAAGAAGAAGGAUGGUGAAACAGAUAAGAGUUCGAAAGGUGACACUGGUUGUAAUUGGGAGAACAUCUUUGAUGUUAAGAAGGAUGAUAAGGCAUAUAACAAUGUUGUUAGAUUAUUUUAUGCAAAUUUACAUGACUUUGAUAAGGUUGGGCACACUUUGAAGUCUGUAGUUAAGGGUAAAGAAAUAAAAGUUUUCCCUAAUUUUAUUUCAAAAAUGUUGAAAGUUCCCAAACCUGUCAUCACUGAGAAUUCCAUUGUAUUUCCUUACAAAAGUAAAGAGGAAGUCCUUAGCAUGGAAACGGUUAUUGAAACAAUUUGUGGUGUUGAUAUCGAAUGGGCGGAUGAGAACAAUAAAAUAUAUCAAAAAAACCUUCGUUUGCUUUAUAGGAUGUUAAACAUAAUAGUUGCUUGUAACAUUGAUCCCAAAGGACAUACAACUGAAUUUGGAUAUGAUAGAGCUCAACUUCUAUAUGCGAUUGGUAAAGGGGGAUGCAUUGACCUUCCCCAUUACAUAUUCUAG